AUGUAUUUCAUCUUGAACUUGGAUGGUAGUUUUUUUCAUUCUAAAAGACAAUACCAGUAUAUAUGUCAAGGAACAUUCAGACCUCACUAUAGGUACUUAAGUAAAGAUAUGUCUAAAACCUCAUUAAUUAUUGGUAAACCAUAUCAAAGAGACUAUCUUUCUUAUUCAGUUAGUACUGGUAAAAUAUAUUGCAUCUCAUGUUAUUUGUUUGAAAAUACUUGCAAUUUUUCACGUGAGGGAUUUUCUGAUUCAAAACGUCCUAAUAUAAAAUUAAUCAAUACAAAAAUUCAACAAUGCAUAAAACCUGUACAUUUACAAUGAAGCAUCGUUCCUCUGAUUUAUAAAAAGUGUACUUUAAACUGAGACUGACUACUGGAUAAAUGUGCUUAAUAGAGUUUGCUAUGUUGUUAAAUUAUUAGUUAGUCGUGGAUUAUCAUUUAAAGGCUGAAAUUACUGUUUUGAAUCUUCUGGCGAAAAUAAUGGCAAUUUUAUAAUGGCUAUGAUUAUGUCUGUGAUAUUAUGGCUGUGAUACUCAUUGCUGAGUAUGACCCAUUUUUAUCGAAAUAUAUAUUAAAAUAUAGGAAUCCUAGUAAAGGUCAUACUUCUUAUAUGUCAUUUUUUACUUAUGAAAAAUGUACUCAAAUUAUGGUUUAAAAAGUUGUAAGUACUAUAGUAGAAGAAUUAAAAUCUUCAGCGUAUUAUUAUUCAAUUAGCAUUGAUUCGACACCAGAUGUAUCAAAUGUUGACUAGUUAUCUUUUGUCAUAGGAUAUGUUAAUAGUAUAAGAGAACCUGUUGAACGGUUUUUGGAGUUCAUGGAAAAUAUUGGACACAAAGCUGAACCGUUGGUAGAAGCUAUUUUAUCUAUAUUGAACAAAUAUGAUAUUAAUAUUAAAUUUCUUAGAGGUCAGUCAUAUGACAAUGCUGUGAAUAUGUCUGGUGCUUAUUCAGGUGUUCAAGCCAAAAUUAAGUUAGUUGCACUACUUGCUGAUUUUGUUCCAUGUUCUGCUCACUCUUUGAACUUUAUUGGAUCAUGUGCUGUCAGUUGUUGCAGUGUGGCAAAUAAUUAUUUUUCAUUUGUUUAA